AUGCUGCGCUCACACCACCAUGUGUCCACAUUUCAGGGUACGUGUGCCUCAUCGAUGGUGGUGGCUGUUGUGGCCCGGAAACUGGAGUUGACCAGAGCUGAGAAACACGUGCACAACUUCAUGAUGGACACACAACUCACAAAAAAGUUGAAACACUCGGCAGCAAAUGUGCUGCGAGAAACAUGGCUCAUCUACAAAUUUCGGAAGAAGGUCGAAAAAGUCGAUUAUGCUCGAAUUCGGCAACAUCAAAGGAAAUUCCUGGUCGCUAUAUAUGAGUACGUCAUUUGA